AUGGCGAUAAAACGUAAAGAUUUUCAAAAGACAUCAUCAAUUAUACUCGAAUUUUUACUUAAACUACCUGAUGAAGAAACAAGUUCACGUUUACGUGAUACACUAUUACAUGGUCUUCAUUUCCUUCAACAAUAUUAUUUAAUAUUACAAAAACGUGAUAAAGAACAAAAACCAUUACAAUGGACUAUAGAACGUGGUUUAAGUCCAUUAACACCCUUCCGUGAAGCACCCGAUAAAUUUGAAUGGCCGUGGAUAGAUGUUGAAUCAAAUAAAGUUAAACAAACAAUACCAAAACAUUCAUUAAAUAAUUUUGUUAAUUUAUCACCAAUUAUUGUUGCUGUACGUGAAGGUGAUCUGCGUUAUGUUAAAGAAUUAUUAAAUUCUGAACCUGAGUUAAUUGAUCGUGUUGAUUCAUUUGGACGUGAUUUAUUAACUUAUGCAGUACAAUAUCAACAAAUCAAUAUUCUACGUUAUUUAUUACUUGAAUGUAACCCAUCAGCAAAUAUUAAUAUUCAAGCUAAUGAUGGUUCAACAUGUUUACAUCGUGCAUGUUAUGGUGAUGAUACACAACAAUGUAAUAUUGACAUCGUACGACUUUUAUUAGAAAAUAAUGCUGAUGUUACUAAACAAGAUGUACAUUUACGGUCACCAUUACAUUGGGCAGUUUUAGCUGAAAAUACAGAUUGUUUAAAGAUAUUAAUUGAAUACAAUGCUGAUAUACAUUUAAGAGAUGCUGAUGGUAUGACUUCAGCUAUGUGGGCAUGUCAUCUUGAUCGUUAUGAACAUUUUCAAGAAUUAUCACGAUGUAUGAAUAAUACUAUCGAAAAAGAUGACGAUGGUCGUACAUGGAUUCAUCAUAGUGUACGUAAAACUGAACCAUUACGAUGUUUAAAAUCAUUAUUAUCAUCUGAGACAAUGCAAUUACGUGAUAGUGACGGGCGAACAUGUUUACAUGUUGCUGCUGAACAAGGUUCAGUUCCUGCUUGUCGACUUAUUUUUGAAAUGAGUGAACAACUUAAUGAUUCGUCUCGUAUACAUGAUGGUGAUAAAUAUCGUCAAACAGCACUUCAUUUAGCAACUAAAAAUGGUCAUGCACGUGUAUUAAAAGAAUUAUUAGAUCAUGGUGCUGAUCCACAUCUUAAAGAUAUUCAUGGUAUAUCAGCAUUUGAUUAUGCACAAAAUCGUGGCCUCUAUUUUUGUCGAAGUGUUUUUGAAGUUUAUCUACGUGAUAAAUAUCCUAAUAAUUUUGAUAGUCAAUCAUUGACAACACGUAAUUUUAGUAGUAAUAGUCACAUGAAAACAAAUGAACUUGAUGUAGCACCAACACCACCAGUUAAUGGACACGCUAAAUUUAUUCGACAUAAUAAUCGUCGUUCUCUCACAGAAGCAUUACCACAACCACCUCGUUCAUCACCUACUCUAUCAACUGAACCAUCUUAUCGUACAACAAAUCAUCCGAAUAAUUCAAACAUCGUAUCUAAUCGACCUGAUGAAAAUGAUGAUGAAGAUAAUAUUGAAAUGAAUCGGCAACGUUUUCGACCACCAUCAUCAGUAGCAAGUAGUUCCGCUAUGGCUCCUCCUAUUAAACCUCGAAAAAGUUCGACUACACCAAAUAGUUCAUUUAUUAAUACAUCAAAAUCACAACGAAAGCAUGAUCGUCGUCAUCAUGUUGUUAUUACAUCUGCUCAUUCAGAUGGUGAUGAACCAAAUGGUUUUGAAGACUAUGCUGGACAUAGCGAUUUUGAAGAUGACGAUGGUCGACCGACAUCACCAAGAUUCUCUAGGCCUAGUUCUCGUCUUUCAUCACGUAUUGGUGAUGAUCGAUUAUUACAACAACAACAACAACACCAACAGCAACCAAAUGUUAAUAGUCAUCGACCACAUAAACAAGCUAAACAUACCAGUCGACAUUCAAUAUAUGAUGACUAUCGUUUUCUUGAAGAACAACAACAGCAACAACAACAACAACAACAUCAACCAUUAUCCUCUGCAAGAUCAAAACAACGAAAUCGUUCAGCAAAUAAUAAAGAAUUUCCAUAUCCAUCAUCGAGUCGUCUUGGAUCAGGAGGUAGUGGCAAUCAAUCAGCAACUAAUCGACUUAAAUCUGGUUCGAAAUCAAGUUCAAAUGAAUCCAUUCCUACACUUGAUUUAACAGUUGCUGGCCAAAAACUUUUCCGAACAAAACAACAAGCUGAUACAUAUCUUUCCAAUCCAUCCUUACCACCAAAUAAUAUGCGACCACCAAGUGGUCGUCUUAAGCCGAUUAGUAGUGCAAAAUCAACGUCAUCUUAUACCGAUGAAUUAUCUUCCAUAUCACCAAAAACUUUAGAAGAUGUUACUAAUAAUAUGAAGCAAACAUCAAUAUUACCAUCAAAAACUCAUCUUUAUAAAAAGAAACUUGCACCACUAAACAAUAGUAAUGAUAUGAUGAAUAAAAAGAAUUCACAUCGUUCAUCAAUUGAACAACAAUCAUAUAUUAUCGAUGAUGUACCUUCAGACAGGUCAGAAGAAACAAGUGGUGGAACGAGUACAGGAGGAGGAGGAAGUGGUGGAGGAACAGGAGGACGAGAUAUCAGAUCAUCAAGCGGCAGUGACAAACGCUCAAAACAUUACUGA